CACAUUUUCCCAAUAGCUGUGUUACCAUUAUUUUGCUCAUUCAUUCUCUUUUUUUUUUUGGCGUGUAAGUAUCGUCUGUUACGGGGCUCUUUAUACAUUCAACAUGAUCUUUGUCUUGGUUCUUGCGUUAUGCGCAGCGCCAAGCCUUGCGCAAAUGGGUCGUAAGAUUGACGGUUGGACCCAGCUUACCACCAUUCCUGUGUGCUUCGAAGGCCGGAAUGAUCGGUUUGGGCAGUUAAUAUACCUGGGGGACUCAAAACUGGUAGCAGGAAUUAAGCUAGUGUAUCGGUCUGGUGUUAUAAGGUGCGUGUCUAACACUGCUCACGACAGCCACUGGGGAUGCCAUCACUACUCCUCGUUUUACAAGUAUCCUCUGAACGUGGUCAUUACCGAUAAGAAAAACAACAUAAUCUACCCCCUCGCCAAGUACAUCAAGAGGACCGCUGACCUAUGGUAUCACAUGCCCGGCGUAGACGAUCUGAUUUCUAAGGAGCUCGUCUUCACCAACGUCGCUAAACCGUUCUACCUUGAGCGCUACCGGGAACUCAGGAUCUGGUAUGGCGAAGAUCUUAGGAACAACGCGGAGUCAGAUAACCAGGGCCGGGUGUGUGUGGAUGUGUUCGCUAAAUUUUUUGAGUAGCUGAUGUCUCCAUGCCUAUUGAAAAAAAUAAUAAAAUUGCAUUGAUAAAACCA